GAAAGCUUUGUGUUUUUAAAGGAUUAACAGUUUGUAAGAACUUAACCGGACACAAUCACAAAUCACUUAAAAACCAAUCCUCCUCUUCUCGAGUAGAUGAACAGAUCACUGCUCGUUAAGGGGAUUUAUGAAGCUGCUGUACUACUUUUCCUUUCUUAAUAAUUAGUCAGAGUAGGGCUAAAUGUCAAGUUAAUUAGUUAACCAGAAUUAAGUGGUGAUGUAGUUUAUCUUUUGUAGCAGCAGACUACAGCUUUACCUUUUGUAAAUGUCCCUUUUCUAAGGAUACAUUACUAAAACAUUCAUCAACUUGUCAGACAUCUGCAAUAAAACAUUCAAAUGAGUCUGGACUGGACACACUUGUUCCCCUGCCUGCUCCUGCAGCCUCCGCUGUGUUGCAGUGUGCACUGCCUCUUGAACGAUCAAUAGGCAGGCAACAUCAUUCCAGCGUCAUCUCCAUGGAAACGAGCCCUAGUCGCGGUAAUGAUUGGGCCCCGUCUCAAAGCCUGCCUUUUUGUGAUAGGAUGAGGGGAAGCAGUCCUCCCUACCCCCUCCUCCCAGCGACACUCACCGUCUUACACACACACACAUUUUUCCCUUCGUCCUCUUUCUUCACCUUUAUGACGCUGUAACUCAGAUGGGAUUAAGCAGACUGUCGAGUCCUAUUGAAUCUGGAUAAAAUGCUUUUUGACACAGCAGCAUCAACAGACCUACGGCUGAAAAGUCAACAUGCCACCCACAUCUGAGCCUCACUGAGAGAACGGGGACUGGACUGGAGACCUGUUAGUGCGAUCGCUGUCUUGUUUUUCUCCCCAUCGCACGUCUCUUCUUGUUUGCUAUUUCAGUUGGGCCUGCAUGCGCCUGUUUAGUGAUUCGUCGGGUAAGAAGUCGACUGACUCCCGUUUCAGGAAAUGUUUUUGUGACAAACAUCGGACGACAGGGCAUGAAGGCAUGAAGAAACUGGCCAUGUCCAGUGUGGUGAGCAGGACUCUAAAUCUAAAACACAAACCACAGGAUGUUCAAGAAUGCUACCAGGACGAUCACAUUCACUAAAUUGCCUCCAUAAGCGAAAGCCGAGGAUCUUUAAUCUCCUUUUUGGAAGUGGUUGUCCUCAUUUUAGAAACUGCCGCAGAGGGAGGAAAGAGGUACUUUAUGACUGCUGGUUUAUAUCUAACUGGUUUCUCUUAUAUAUGGCAAACAGCAUCUAGCUGUGACACCUUCAGUUGCUCUGUUUUUGUUUGCCUAAACCCCACUUUAUGGGGAUUUGCACAUAUUAGGCUUGACGCUGGAUUUUUGACAAUCAUGGCUGAAACAGUUCUUCACCGGGUUUCAGAUACCUCUCCCCAACUGUGAAAAAACCCUCCUUCUCAUGAACUGAUGGAAAGAGAAAGGACAAUGACUUAAUCUUCAUUUUGCCACAACCUGCCACAGCUGAUCCCUGUUACUCUCCUUUAACAAAUGAAAAGUCUGUGAUGGCUCUGUCUCAGUUGGAUACAUCAGUUGGUCAUAUUGAUCCCAUCCAUGCUGUGUGACUUUGACCUAAAGUGAUGUAUGACCUGUGCACUCGGCCCAAGCAGCCCGAGCCUGCACUGGCACCCGCAGAGAUGGAGGGCCAUGAUGUGGCCGACGCUCAGCAGGAGUUUAGGAAGUCAGAAGAGCAAGAUAACAAGCAAAAUGGGCUCCCAGACAAGGCGGCCCCAACCACGGCCAAUAUGACUUCUACAUCACUGUUGGGAAAAAGGCACCACUCCCUUUAUGCAAAUCUCAAUGGUUUUGAGGCAGAAGGUAUACGCAAGAAUGGCACUGACUACGGGUUCCUGGUGCGUCAGAACUCUGAGCUCCUGCGAGCCCUGGAUGAUUUGGAGAAGACUUGUUCCACACUGAGGGAGGAGAAUGGCCUGCUGAGGAAGAGCAGCGCCCCAGAGACCGAGGAGAAGGUCAGACGGCUGCGGAGAAAGAACACAGAGCUGGCUGUUCUCGCUAAGAGGCUGGAAGACAGGGCGAGAAAACUGCAGGAGGCCAACCUCAGAGUGGUCAAUUCCCCGUCACUGAUGAGGCCCGGGUCGGUGGAGCAGUACAAGAGGGCGUUUGCCCGGCAGAGAGCUCGUGACCUUGCCCAGCACGCCGAUGUACUGCUGUCAAAAGACAAAGAGAUCGCUGCCCUACAGCAAGAAAACAGAGAGCUGGAGGCAGGGCUCGGCACCACAAAGGGCUCCCCUGUUUCAGCUUGCAGGGAGGAAUUCGAGAGGCUUCUGAGGGAAUCUCAGAGGGAGGUGCUACGGCUCCAGAGACAACUGUCCGUCACCUCAACCACACAGCAGAACAACCAAAGUCCUCCUGACCCCGGUGGACCAGAGAGGAGUGAUGACAUUCAGAAGGAAGAGUUGGAGGGGGAAGAGAAGAAAGAAGUUGAAGCACAGGUUGCAGGAGAGACCCCGUGUGUGGUGUUAGAUGAAGCUCCAUCCAGGUGUGAGAGGACUCCCGGCGAGGAGGAGGAGUCGGGGCUGCAAGUGACGCCCCAACCGGGCCUCAGCCCGACCCCCUCCCAUCAGGAGGACCACACAGAGGAGCAGCACCUACAGUUUCUGGAAAGUGAGCUGAGUAAGAAGAGAAAAGAAUGUGAAAACCUUGAGCAUGAAGUAAAGAAGCGUCAGAAGAGAUGUCUGGAUUUGGAGAGCCAGCUUGAGGAUGAGCGAAGCAAAAAUGAGCAACUGAAGGAGGAGGCAGAUCUCCUCAGGAGGAAGGCACUGCUGCUCGACCAGACUCGGGCUGAGAAUGAGGAGCUGAGGGAAGAUCUCUCUGAAGUGACCGCUCAACACAAUUCAGUUCUCGAGGAGAACCAGAGACUCCGUGCCAAACUGGAGAACCUAGAGCAGGUCCUAAAGCAUAUGCGUGAGGUCGCUGAGCGAAGGCAGCAGUUGGAAUUGGAACAUGAGCAGGCACUGGCUAUCCUUAAGUUCAAACAGGAUGAGAUCAAACGCUUACAGCGGGCUCAGUUAUUUGCCAAGCGGGAGCAUGAGGGAGUGGUUCAGAUGCUUGAGGAGGUGACUGAGCUUGUGUUGCGGAGGGAGCUGUCAAAGGUGCGUGAGCUGGAGGAGAAAUGCCGCAGUCAGAGCGAACAGUUUGGCCUGCUGUCCCAAGAGCUGGAGAAGUUUCGACUGCAGGCAUCGAAGGUGGACCUGGCCAGCUGUAGCAUCCUCAACAACCCCAGCAUCUCUAUUCUGACCAAUGGGGUGGGCCUGACUACAGAACGAGAUGUGGCAGCUGCACUGCGGAUGGGGGCCACCCCCCAUGCUGCAGGGCUGUCCAGGGUGGAGCGCUCGCCCGUCACCAAGCACAGAGAGCUGCCCACCAUCAGCGUUAGCAAGUCAGGCUCCACCUCCAGCAAGUCAGAGACCACACACCUCACCCCCAAGUCUGACACCCAUCUCAGCCCACACAAAUCAAGCCCAACGCACGAGGUGGACACUGCCAGUGAAGUGGAGGAGCUGGACAUCGACAUGGCGCCAGCACCUUACACAGCCAGCAGAGGAGCGGCAAAGCUUCAGGUUUUCAUCGCAAGAUACAGCUAUAAUCCAUAUGAUGGUCCCAAUGACAACCCUGAAGUGGAGCUUCCUCUCACUGCUGGAGAAUACAUCUACGUGUACGGAGACAUGGACGAUGAUGGCUUCUAUGAAGGUGAGCUCAUGGACGGUCGGAGAGGGCUGGUCCCCUCUAACUUUGUGGAACGUGUGUCGGACGACGAUGUGAUGAGCGGCGCCCACCACACAGAGACAGGAGACGCUACUCACAACUCCCUGCUAGACAGCAGCCUGCACAGUGCCAGCCACCAGCAUCACCUCCACCUGGGCGUCAGCGCCUCAGGAAGAACAGAGGCCCAUACUCCCUCUGGCCCUGCCUCAGCCCCCUCAGACUCAGCAUCGGCCUUGGCUGUCCCAGCCCCCCUCACUAACGGCCUGGACUUGGAUUUGGAGGAGGUGGGAGUGGACGUUGUGCCUUACCCACGAAAACUCACCCUCAUAAAGCAGCUUGCCAAGAGCAUCAUCAUUGGCUGGGACCCUCCGCUGGUGCCGGCUGGGUGGGGCAAUGUGUGGAGCUAUAAUGUGUAUGUGGACCAGGAGUUGAGGCUCAAUGUGCCCUUCGGUUCCCAGACCAAAGCAGUGCUUGAGCGGCUGGACAUAAACCUCAAGGCCUACCGUGUGUCAGUGCAGAGCCUGACGGAGAAGGGCCUCUCAGACCAGCUGCGCUGCAGCAUGCUGGUGGGUCGGGACGUUUGUGUGGCGCCCACGCAGUUGCGUGUGGAAAGGAUAACUGCCACCUCUGCCAACCUGACCUGGCUGCCCAGUAACAGUAACUAUGUGCACAUUGUGUCCUUGAAUGAGGAGGAGUGUGAGCUGGUGAAGGCUGGCUGCUACUCGCUGUGCCUCAAUAACCUCUUGCCGAGCCUGCAGUACACAGUCAAAGUGGAGGCGCGGCCGCACCGCACGCCAUGGGAGCUACCUGUGGAGCGACGUGAACACAGAAGCGCUACAAUCACCUUCAAUACGCUGAUGGCAGGCCCCCCUGAUGCUCCUCUGGACUUGCAGCUGGAGCAGGGACCCUCCCCUGGGAUUGCCCUCGUCAGCUGGCUGCCGGUCACUAUAGAUGCUGCUGGGACCUCCAAUGGAGUGCGUGUAACUGGAUACACUAUUUAUGCUGACAGGAAAAAGGUGCUGGAGGUGUCUUCCCCAACAGCCGGCAGUGCCCUGCUGGGCCCCUCUCAGAUCCAGUCUCUGCAGGCAGCUCAGGAUCUCACUGUCCGCACAAUGUCUGCCCAUGGGGAGUCCUGUGACUCUAUGCCUGUCAAUGUGCCCUCUAAGCUGGCUGCCAUCAUGUCAGGUCCAGCCGUCAUCACCCCAGUCGUGCCACCCCUACCCUGCACCCCUGCAGGCUGUAGCAACCUGCCCCCUCCGCCGUCCUACGGGAACUCUGCUGCCAAAGUCUCUGUGCUGCCCAGCUCUAUGCCAUCAGACUCUCAUUACUCAGGCCUCGUCAUAGAGGCUGAUGCCAACCCUCCUAAUGCUCUCCACUCAGAAGAUCGUCUCUUAUACACCUCAUAUGUGAGGGCCUGGGCCAACCCGUCUUCUGCUGCUGCCUUGGCUACGUGUGAGGCCUCAUUACCAAUGGCCUCCACCAUUACUCCCAUGGUUCAUGUGACCUCCCCCAUCACCUCAGCGCCUCCACCAUGUCCAGUAGCAGCACCUACUGCUCCUGCACCAUCGGCAGUAACAGAAGCAGCAGUAGCGUUGCAGCAGCGCAGAGACACUGACAGCCCUGGAACAAUACGCCCUUUCCCAUCCAUCACACAGUUCAUCGAGGACCCCAGUGCCAAGCUCGAGAUCCCUGAGCGCAUCCCCACUCCGCCCAAAGCCCCCAUCACAGACCUCCUUAACCCUCAGGACACUAACCUCCACCGACGCCCUGUUUCACCGCUGGAGUCCGAGGCAGAGGAGGAGCGAGAGAAUACCCGUCUGGUGUCCAUGGAAGAGUUCUUACGACAGGACCAGGAGCCAGAGUUCUACAGCAGGCAGCAGGAUUACAGCAGAGGGCUCGUGGAGCCUCCCAGUGACUACAACGCAGACAACAGCCGCUCUGAUCUGUCGGACAUCUUGGAGGAGGAGGAGGAGGACCUGUUCUCCGACCACCUUGGAGAAGUACAGGCCAGGGGUUACACUUGUGCAGCUAGAAGGUCACGUAAAGUGGACACUCCCGACAGUGAUGAGGAGGUUCUUGAGAGGAUCCUUAAGUUGCCUCCUCAGGUGAUCCACAACAAGCAUCUGUUCAGCAUCCCCGAGGUGAUCGAGGAGGACGAUGGCAGUCAAGAAGAGCCUUUAAGCCACUACAGUCAGCCUCGGACACGGCCCGGCUACCUUCACCAUGCCCCCCAGCAACACCUGUAUCACCCUAACCCACACUCACAUGUCCCCCCUACCCAUCAUCACUUUAACAGGGACCCCAGGUCUCUAGCCAAAGAGCCUUCACUAAGACAGGGACCCCUGCAGGUAAAGCCUAAAACACAGCAUAGAGUGCACUAUGCAGACACAGUCGACACCAUCAGCUAUCCUGGACAAGAAGAUGAGAAUUUAUACGAGGGUCAAACCAGCAGUAGGGUCUCAACCCGCCGUCCUCCCCAGUUGAACCCCACCAGCAAAGCACUGCUCAGAGGGCUAGGGGACCGCCUUAGGAGGGAGGCCAUGCUCAGGAGUCAGAAGGCUGUGGCUGUAGCAGCCAACCCUGGCUAUGGUCCUACCCAGCCAAGACCCUACCCGGUCAGCAAAACCGUACGCACUGUGAGGUCACCUGUUGGUCGCGAGGUGGAGAUUGACGUGGAGUACGGCACAGACGACAAUGAGGGGCCUUCACAGUACCCUCCUGGGGAGGUGGUGGUGGAGCAGAUGAGUGCUGAGUGGUGGGUAGAGGGGGCUAAUGUGGAGCACUGCAGACUUCCUCUCCGCCGAGGCCUGAAGGCAGAUCUCCCGGAGCCCAGCCAAAUGCCUCCAGCUGAGGCGGGUCCAUCGUGGGGAGUCCAGGCUGAACCAGGGUGCCCGCAGUCCAGGCAACCCAGAGGUGGUGUUGAUUCAACAAAGACAAAAGCGGACAGCGACAUACGGAUCUUUGUAGCCCUCUUCCCUUACAAUCCUUCGACCAUGUCUCCCAAUCCCGAUGCUGCUGAGGAGGAGCUGCCCUUCACCGAAGGACAGAUCAUCAAAGUUUUUGGAGAUAAAGACCCAGACGGGUUCUACCGAGGAGAGUCUGGUGGUCGCCUGGGCUUUGUGCCGUGUAACAUGGUGUCUGAGAUCCAGGUGGAGGACGAGGAGACGCGGCAGCAGCUACUGCAGCAGGGCUUCUUGUCCACCGCUGCCUCCAUGGACAAGAUAGGCACUCGCACACACGCACAGCUUCCGCGUCGCCCUGUUCCACCGCCGAAACCGAGACGAUCCAAGAAAGUGGAGUCUGCAGCGCUAUGGGAGGAGAGUUUAGACUCGGACAGCCAAGAUCCCAGUCAGGCUCCUACCCCUGCUGCACCUGCAGCUGCAGGAAACCCCACCCCAGGGGCUCGCAGGAUGGUCGCCAUCUUUGAUUAUGAUCCACGGGAGAGCUCCCCCAACACUGACGUCGAGGCCGAGCUGACCUUCAGUGCUGGUGACAUCAUACAUGUGUUCGGUGACAUGGACGAAGAUGGUUUCUUUUACGGAGACUUGAAUGGACAAAGAGGUUUAGUCCCCUCUAACUUCCUGCAGGCCGUCCCAGAAGACGCUCCAGCAGAGCUCGUCUCUGCUCAGCCUGCACCGGAACCCAAGAAAGAGGCACAGGAGACCUGCACGUCGUCUUCAGAGCCACCAGAUCCUGGGCCCCCUCUGAAAGAGGAGGCUCCGCCCCCCCAAACAGAUCCCUCUUUUCCUGAAACAACUGCACGCACAGACCUACCUUCUGAACCGACGACCCUGACCGACAGCCCCACGUCGGACCUGGGCCCAGCUCCAGGUCCGGCUCUUCCAGGUCCGGCUGCAGCGGAGGCCUGCUGCCCCCCAUCAGCCCCCCUCCCAGCAGACAGCCUGACACAGACAGACUGCUCUGCCCAAGGCAAGAAGAAGAAAAGCUUUUUCUCCAAAGGCAAGAAGCUGUUUAAAAAACUGGGAUCCAGCAAGAAAGAAUGAGGCUCAAAGUACUCGCAUCACACUGAAAGCACUUUUUCUGUCACUCUCACGCGGUAGUCUGUGCGGUUAGCAGCUAUCACAUCUAAUUACUGAUGCUUUAGAAAUAGUACUUUUGCCUUAGAGCACCUGCUAGACCAGCUGAUGCAUUUAGAGUAUGUUCAAACGUUGAGAUGCAGCUUACUGCACCACAAGAGCAUGUGUGAAAGCAUGUUUAGGUGUGCAAACAUAUUCUCUGAAUACUUCCUAAUUAUCUAAGCAUUUACAAACUCUCUGCUCAGUGUCGGCUUUAAUGCUGAAUAUGAAACAUUAAUGAACUGGAUCAGGGUUAUUUGGAGCUCUCUGUUAGAGAAGGAGAUAGAACAGCAGAGCAGACGAGGCUAAUACGACAUUAGCUUUAACGUUCACGUACUGGUGCCACUUUAUUCAUUCGAGCAUCUCUUCCUCUGUGGGACUUAAACAAAUGCACUAACCAUCCUGAUUGGAUGUUUUUUUUAGAUAUCUGUCCGCUUGUCCCUCACAUGUUUUCUCCUCUUCAGAAGUAUUUAUACGUGACUUUGUACAGUUAUUUAUGUGUGUUAGACUCCUGCCUGACCAUGGCCACGAUGCAUGAAGUGACAUCAUGGCAGGUUAGUCAUCAUCAUCUUCAUCAUCAUCAUCCUCUUUGAUGUGUGCUCGUUAGAUCUGAUCUAAGUUUGUAGUUGGAGGUUCACAGUGGACUCUGAAUGUGAAGGUGUGACCUUCUCUGAUGUGUGUGUGUGUGUGUGUGUGUGUGUGUGUGUGUGUGUGUGUGUGUGUGUGUGUGUGUGUGUGUGUGUGUGUGUGUGUGUGUGUGUGUGUGCGUGUGCGUGUGCGUGCGUGCGUGUAGAUGAAGCCGCCCGGUCCACUGGUGAACAGAGGCAUUAAGAGGAACUCUUCAUGUUUGUGACAACACUCACAGCCAGAUUCAAUACAAAGUAUUUUCUGAGUGUGUGGGAUAGAUAGAGGGAUGCUGUGUACUCUGCAGGCUAAUCUGCAAGCUAAUGAGGCUGCAACUGUUGACUUCCUUGAAAAUCUUUUAUAAUUCUUUCAAUCACUCAUUUGGUCCAUGAAACAACAAAAAGCUGCAGACGCUGAUCAUCACAGUAUGUAAAAGUUAUCUCUGUAUCGUCAGAGCAUCAAUGGAUUUAAUUUACGCUGACGUAAGACUUGUAAGCAACAUGACAGACGUUAAUAAUGUCACUGCUAUUAUUAUUCCUUUAUGUUUCUAUUUGAAGUAUAAUACUGUCGGAUUUGGACGUAAAGCUCCUAAAAAGACUUUGGGCUAUAACUUUGAUUUAUCUAGCAGCAGCUCCUGUGUGCACUGUACCAUGAUUGUAAGGCCACUUCUGCAGCUCUUAUUUCCUGGAUUUCAUGUUUGUAUGUGUUUGACCUCUGAGAUUAUGACGAGCUCUGGAUUAGGCAGCCUGAUGCUAAACGUGCAACUUGAUGCUAAACGUGCAACUUGAUGCUAAACGUGCAAUUUGAUGAUAACCGUGCAACUUGAUGCUAAACGUGCAAUUUGAUGAUAACCGUGCAACUUGAUGCUAAACGUGCAAUUUGAUGCUAAUCAUGCAGCGUGAUGCUAAACGUGCAGCGUGAUGCUAAACGUGCAGCGUGAUGCUAAACGUGCAGCGGAUGCUAAACAUGCAGCUUGAUGAUAAAGAUAUAGCGUGAUGCUAAUCAUGCAGCAUGAUGCUAAACAUAUAGCUUGAUGCUAAACGUGCAGCGUGAUGCUGAUCGUGCAGCGCUUCAGUGAUGUAUGGUCGUAGCAUGUUGGAUGUUUAUUUAACACGUUUAAAUAAGAGGAGCAUCGCUCAGUAGAAUUGAAGCAUUUUUAUCACCACUCACUAUAAUAGACUGCAAUAACUUCUUCAUGUCACUUUGUCUUUUGCCUCCAUGUAAAAGAUUUGACUUGUAGUGUGUGAAACACCGUACGAUUGCAGAACAGUGCGUCUGCUCACACUGUACGACUGAAUCGUUUACGACACAUGACAAUUUAUGAGCUCACACUGUACGACCUGAUUGUCGGGUAUGACCUGAGAGAACGAGUUAAAACAGGACGGAGUAUUCACAGCUGUGAAUGAAAACUCCCACAGGCUCGCUCUCUCUCACACUAACCGCCGAUAAACACGAGCUAACUAUCAGCUAACUCAAAACAAAUGUUCUGUCUGCGACGUUUCUCUCGAUAUGAGAGGGAGGACAGAUUAAAUAGGCAUACCUGCUGUUGUCAUGGUGACGUCUGUCAGUAUGUGCAGGUAAAAUCGGGACAAAAAAAAGUACAGAAGUCGGGGAAUCGUCUAAUGGGUCUGCUCUCAGAGUGUGUGCAGUAGUAGUGCACUUGAAGACAAGACGGAAAUGAAUAGGUCGUGUCUAAAUGGGUCUGAAAUCGUACAGUGUGCGCCGGCUUUAGGCGAGCUAAUCACUGAUCGGCCAUGUUCAUGAGCCCAUGAAGAGUACUGGUGAAACUUUUUAUUUAUUCACGUGUCCACAUGUUUACAUUAUUAAACUGUAGACUGUUCAUAAAGCUAAUUCAGAGUAGCGUUAGCUAAAGCCCAUUGAGAGAGCUGUCCUGUAUCUACAGUCAGCUCUUCAGUUUAGGCGUGAGUGUGUGGACCCGACCUUCCUGCUCAGAGACGCCAUGCAGUGAUUUUCACUUCAGCAGUGUGAUACGGGGCUGUUCAGGUAACUUCUCAGGUUCUUACUUGUAGUUUCUUAUGAACGCUGGGCCACCUGUGACUCUGCUGUAAAAAAAAUAAAUAAAUAAAAUGAAAUAAAAAAAGCAGAAUAUGCCAAAAUCUUAGGUGCUGACCUGUUAGCAUAGCAACGAGAAACCAAGCGUCCAGCAGCAGCAGCAGCGUGGAGGACGAGCCCGGGCUGAGGCCGGUCCUAAACAUCAUACCCAUCACUCAGUCUGCUUCAGUUUGGACGCAGUCUGAUUGUUUCCUUUAAUGUCGUGAUUGUUUUGUCCGUCAGUGCUAAUGAAGCGAGCACGACGAUGCCAAGGAUGAGAGAUGGACGUGAGGGCGGGUCGGCAGAGACACUUUACACGUGAGCGAGCCGGGACAGAGCAACACUAAGGCUGUACUGUAAAUCUAAUUUAUUUCUAUAUUCUUCUUUGUGUUUUGUAUAGGGGGAGUGAAUGCUCAAAAGUUGCCGAAAUGUACAGAAAAUAUUUGUACUCUCAUUGUAUUUGACGGCCUUUAAUGCACAAAGUAUUCCUCGACCUGCUGUGUAGUGAGUAGGCGGCGGCGGCUCGGCUGUGGACUGACUUCAUGUAGCUCGUGGUUUUAGCUCAGCGCGUCAUAUUUAGCCUUACAAGAAGACCUUGUUUAGUCUUAAUAUGUUGUUUACAGGAUGUUUAUUGACUGCAUGCAUACCAAUGUGAUCCAUGUUCGGCCUUAUUUAUGUUUCUGUCAUGUGGGCGUUGAUGGACGCUGCUCCGUCUGCCGUGUUGGAUCUGCAGACGCUCCGUGCAGUGGGAGGAGGAGGAGGAGGAGGAGGAGGAGACGUGUGUAAAUAAUGAACAGUGUUGUGUUAUAUUUUCAUACAGAGCGGGAAAAACCUCUUUGAUUUGGUUGCUUUUUUUUUUUUUUUUGUCUUUCCUGCACUCAUCGUUUGAAAACCAGUGUACAAUGUCCCUUUUUUAUAUAUUCACAUUUUUAUCACCCUUUUGGAAGCUCAUGUGUAAAUAUUUUGUUAAUGAUGUUUUUCAGUUUCUUGAUUGUUUUGCAUGUGCAGACUUUGUGGGCGGAGCUUCAGUGACUAAAGAUGUAGAACACAGGUGACUCGUGGAACUUGAACUUGUGAUGGUUUCCUUUCAUGAUGGAUCUUUUUACAGGAAUAAAGAACGUCUAUUUUCACAGAAA